UGUCUCUUUCUUUCCUUCCUUCCUUCCUUCUGAGCCUGAGCCUGAGCCUGAGCAUGAGCGCCGCCCCCUCCCCUGCUGGCUCCUGGCCCCCCUCGGCGCCCCCCCUCCCCUCGGGGGUCUUGCGGGGGGGCGGGGGGCUUCCUCUUCGGCGUUUCCAUUGGGAGCCGCUCCCGGCCGAGAGGGUCCGCGGGAGGAGGAACCUCUGGACCGGGGGGGGAGGGGGAGGGCCGGGUGAGCCCCCUCCCCUGGACCUGGCCCUCCUGGAAGAGCUCUUCGCCCAGCGCGGGGGCCACGAGGAGAGGGGCGGCCGAGGGGGGCUUCCCGCCCCGCAGGUCUCCCUCCUGGAGCCCAAGAAGGCCCUCAACCUCAGCAUCUUCCUCAAGCAGUUCAAGAGGCCCCCCACGGAGAUGGUGGCAGCGCUGCAGGAGGGAGACGGUGCCUGCUUCGGGGCGGAGAGGUUGCUGGAGCUGAGCAAGAUGCUGCCGGACCCCGAGGAGGUCAAGCGACUGCUGGCCUUCCAAGGUGACCACAACCGCCUCCUGGAGCCUGAGCUCUUUGCGCUGCUCCUGGUCCAGGUGCCCAGCUUCGCCCUCCGCCUGCAGAUCCUGCUCCUCCGGGAAGAGUUCUUCCCGCAGCUCAGCAGCCUACGAUCUGCCAUCCAGACCCUCACGGACGCAGCAACGGAGAUCCUGAACUGCGAGGAGCUCCACAGUGUCAUCCGGCUGGUCCUGAGGGCAGGGAACUACAUGAACCAGGGGGGCUACGCAGGGUCUGCGCUGGGCUUCCGAGUGCCUUCCCUUCUCCGCCUGACGGACACCAAAGCCAACAGACCCGGCAUGGACCUCCUCCACUUUGUGGCCCUGGAGGCUGAGAGGAAGGAGCCUGCUCUGCUGUGCUUCCCCACCAAGCUGCCACAUGUGGGACCGGCCUCGCGGAUCGUGGAGGGCGAGGUGCUGGCGGAGCUGCGGGGCCUGGGGGUGCGCCUGCAGGGGGCCCGGGGGCAUCUGGGGGGCCUGGGCUGGGAGGGGCGCCUGGGGCCCUUCCUGGAGGGGGCCGAGGCGGAGCUGAGGUCAGCCUGGGCCUCCUGGGAGGAGAUGCACCGGGCACAGGCCGCCCUGGCCGACUUCCUCUGUGAGGAGCCGCUUGGCUUCAGCCUCCCCGACUCCUGCGCCGUCUUCCAGGCCUUCGCAGAGCGCUUCCUGGCAGCUGUCCAGGAGAACCGUGCCCGGGAGGUGGCCUUGCGCCGGAGCCAGCAGCAGCGAGUGGGGAAGUCCAAGCGCCGCUCCAUCGCCACCUGCUCCUCGCGGGACCCGGGCCUGGAGUCCGUGCAGCUGGAUGCCCUCCUCCUCGGGGGUGCCCUCCACCCCAGGGACCGGCCGCGUGGGGGGGCCUCUCUGCAGGGGGGGCACUCCUUUGAAGGACUCUCGUUUGGGGAGGGGUCCCCCUCGCAGUCCCUCAACCGGCGACACACGCUUGCUUCCCUGCCCUCUCCGGCUGACCCCCAGAGACCCCUGACCCGGGUGGCGGAGGGACCUGGGACCCCCGUUGUGACCCCCACCAGGCAGGAAGGGGGCAAGCAAGCUCCCUCUUGCACCCCUCCGCCGGGGUCCCCGGGGGGUUUCCGCCUCUCUAGCCUCUUCUCCUCCGCUUCCAAGAAGCCUGCCUCUCCCCAGGACUCCCCCAUAGACCCUGGGACCCCGGUUGUGGCCCCCACCAAGAAGAAAGGGAGCAAGCAGGCUAGGGAGGGGCUUGGGGAGGCCUCACUGAGGACCAGAGCUCCCUCCCGGUCUCCUCCUCUGCCCGGGUCUCUCGGGGGCUUCCGCCUCUCCAGCCUCUUCCCCUCCGCGUCCAGGAAGCCCACCUCCCCGCAGGACCCCCUCAACGACGUCUCGGCCCUGGUGGGCUUCUUCCGCCGCCGCCUCAGCCUCGGAGAGAAGCCCCGGCGCCCCCCGCAGAACUGAGGCCUCCCCGGGUGAUUAUGACUUUAGGGGCUCAGGCCUCCGUCCAUCUCUUGUUGAUGACCUCCCAUGACCCCUCACCCGCACAUUCUGGCAUUUUGAGCCAUUUUUAACUGCUUAAUCUUGUUUUUAAUAACUUUUGUGCAAUUUAUAAUAAACUGUUCUGGAGACACUUCA